CCCUGUUGCAUCUAUAUAUUCAUAGCCUUCAACUCUCAAGUCUCUCCCAACUGCUUUUGUGGCAACCUUCAUUCAGUUUCUCAAUUCCUAAAUUCAUCGAGAUUCCAUUCAAUCCUCGAUGAUAUCAACAAUAUUACUUCCAUUUCCGAAUUUCGAAAUCCCUCCCUUCUUCGUUUCAUGAUAUGUCCACCAUUUUUGAUCUACUGAUUUCGACGAUGAGGAACUUCACAAUGAAGCUCAUGUCCGAUUUAGCUUAUGACAGAGGCUGAAAUCAAUUCAAAUCAAAUCAAAUCAAAUCCAUCAGCCACAAAAUUAAUAAUCGAGAUCUAUCGAUUAUAUAUAUACUGCAGGAAUAAUGGAAGGUGCGAAGAGGAAGGAUAUCAACAGAUCUGUGCUGAAGAAACUGGAGAGGUAUCUAUGGACGGGUCGAUCCAAGGAGAAAGUGGGUCGGGUUGCACCGCUGGGUUGCUUCACGGUUUAUGUGGGGCCCGAGAAGCAGCGGUUCGUGAUAAAGACGGAAUAUGCCAACCACGCGCUAUUCAAGAUGCUGCUGGACGAUGCUGAGCUGGAAUACGGUUACCACAGCCACGGGCCUUUGCUGCUUCCCUGUGACGUCGAUCUCUUCUGCGGGAUCAUCGCUCAGAUCGACGGCGAUGAGCACGUUUCCGGCGCCUGCAGCCCCUUCAAUCCAGCGCGGCGUCUCGGGAAGGCUACUAGUAUGGCAUUGCCAUGUGCAUUUAGGAAUUAAAACCAAUAAUUAGUCUACCAAAUCAAGAUUAUCUGGAAAUUAUUUGUUA